ACGUGCUGCCAGGAGCUCCCAUAGGGGCACAAAACAAGAGCAAACUGAUCACCCAUGACUUCCAAAAUGCUUGCCUCUCUCACUAUACUGAUCAUGGCCACCGCCGCCGGACUCCUCUCCGCUGCCGCCAUGAUGCCGCCGCUAGAAGGACAAGCAGGAGCACUCCUCAUUUGGAAAGCCACCCUUAACAACAGAAGCCAGCUCGCUCUACAUUCCUGGCGAAACAAGUCUUCUUCACCUUGCAAUUGGCACGGCAUCAGGUGUGGUGCACACACGAUGCACCAGGGCCGGCUCCAACCAUUGAUCACCGGUGUCUCCUUGCGGCGGCUGCGGCUGCGAGGGACUCUGGAGUCCCUUGACUUCUCAUUCUUGAGCACCUUGAGGAGCCUCGACCUCUCGAACAACGAGCUUGUCGGAAGUAUUCCUUCGAGUAUUGAGGUCCUCGUGAAGCUCCGUGCUCUGCUCCUGCGAGGCAACCAGAUAAGAGGCUCUAUUCCACCUGCUUUAGCCAACCUCGUAAAACUCCGUUUCUUGGUGCUUUCUGACAAUCAAGUCUCCGGUGAAAUUCCAAGGGAAAUAGGGAAAAUGAGUCAUCUUGUGGAACUAAACUUCUCAUGCAACCACUUGGUUGGUCCUAUCCCUCCCGAAAUAGGGCACCUGAAGCACCUAUCUAUACUAGAUUUGUCCAAGAAUAACCUUUCCAACUCAAUCCCAACCAAUAUGAGUGAUCUCACCAAACUCACUAUAUUGUACCUUGACCAAAACCAACUUUCAGGAUACAUCCCUAUAGGACUAGGUUAUUUGAUGAACCUAGAGUACUUAGCGCUUAGCAACAACUUCAUCACGGGACCUAUUCCAACAAAUUUAAGUAAUUUAACUAAUCUCGUUGGUUUAUAUAUUUGGCACAAUAGACUUUCUGGACAUAUCCCUCAAGAACUAGGUCAUUUGGUUAACAUAAAAUACUUGGAACUCAGUGAAAACACACUAACAGGUCCCAUCCCAAACAGCCUAGGAAAUUUGACAAAACUCACUUGGUUGUUCCUUCACCGGAACCAACUUUCUGGAGACCUUCCCCAAGAAGUAGGUUAUUUGGCCGACUUAGAGAGGUUGAUGCUUCACACUAACAACCUAACAGGUUCCAUCCCAUCCAUCUUUGGGAAUUUGAGCAAACUAAUUACAUUGCACCUAUAUGGUAACAAACUUCAUGGGUGGAUCCCCCGGGAAGUAGGUUAUUUAGUCAACCUAGAGGAAUUGGCGCUGGAGAACAACACACUAACAAAUAUCAUCCCAUACAGUUUAGGGAAUUUGACCAAACUCACUAAGUUAUACCUUUACAACAACCAAAUUUGUGGACCCAUCCCUCAUGAAUUGGGUUAUUUGAUCAACUUAGAAGAAAUGGCGCUUGAGAACAACACACUUACAGGUUCCAUCCCCUACACCUUAGGAAAUUUGACCAAACUCACUACGUUGAACCUUUUUGAGAACCAGCUUUCUCAAGACAUUCCUCGAGAACUAGGUAAUCUGGUAAAUUUGGAGACCUUGAUGAUCUAUGGAAACACACUAACAGGUUCCAUCCCAGAUAGCUUAGGAAAUUUGACUAAACUCAGUACCUUAUACCUUCACCACAACCAACUCUCUGGACACCUUCCCAAUGAUCUAGGUACUUUGAUCAAUUUAGAGGACUUGAGGCUUAGCUACAACAGACUAAUAGGUUCCAUCCCAAACAUCUUAGGGAAUUUGACCAAACUUACUACCUUGUACCUUGUAAGUAACCAACUUUCUGCGAGUAUUCCUAAAGAACUAGGUAAGUUGGCCAACUUAGAAGGUUUAAUUCUGAGUGAAAACACACUCUCAGGUUCCAUUCCAAAUAGCCUAGGGAAUCUGACAAAACUCAUAACCUUGUACCUUGUCCAGAACCAACUUUCCGGAUCUAUUCCUCAAGAAAUUAGCAAGCUAAUGAGUCUGGUUGAGUUGGAGCUCUCUUAUAACAACCUCUCUGGUGUCUUGCCUUCCGGUCUUUGUGCGGGAGGUCUACUAAAGAAUUUCACCGCAGCUGGAAACAAUUUGACUGGACCCUUGCCAUCAAGCUUGCUUAGUUGUACAAGCCUGGUCAGACUUCGCCUUGAUGGAAACCAACUUGAAGGAGAUAUCGGUGAGAUGGAAGUUUAUCCAGAUCUUGUAUAUAUUGACAUCAGUUCAAACAAACUAUCUGGCCAAUUAUCUCAUCGUUGGGGUGAGUGUUCCAAACUUACCCUAUUGCGUGCAUCAAAAAACAAUAUAGCUGGAGGGAUACCACCAAGCAUAGGGAAAUUAUCUGACUUGCGGAAACUUGAUGUUUCAUCAAAUAAACUUGAAGGACAAAUGCCACGAGAAAUUGGCAAUAUAUCGAUGUUAUUCAAAUUGGUCCUAUGUGGUAACUUGCUCCAUGGAAAUAUACCACAAGAAAUUGGAUCAUUAACAAAUUUGGAGCAUCUAGAUUUAUCAUCAAACAACCUCACUGGGCCAAUACCAAGAUCAAUUGAGCAUUGUCUGAAGCUUCAAUUUCUAAAGCUGAACCAUAAUCACCUUGAUGGUACCAUUCCUAUGGAAUUAGGUAUGUUGGUAGACCUACAAAUUUUGGUGGAUCUGGGUGACAAUUUAUUUGAUGGCACUAUUCCAAGUCAAUUGAGUGGUCUCCAGAAACUCGAAGCCUUGAAUCUUUCUCAUAAUGCACUAAGUGGGAGCAUCCCCCCAUCAUUUCAGAGCAUGGCCAGCCUAAUAUCUAUGGAUGUGUCAUAUAAUAAGUUGGAAGGGCCAGUGCCACAAAGUAGGCUCUUUGAAGAGGCUCCAAUUGAAUGGUUCGUGCACAAUAAGCAAUUGUGUGGUGUAGUGAAGGGUUUGUCCCUGUGUGAAUUUACUCAUAGUGGUGGACACAAAAGAAACUACAAAACACUUUUAUUGGCUACAAUACCUGUUUUUGUAGCAUUUUUGGUUAUCACUUUAUUGGUGACAUGGCAAUGUAGGAAGGACAAAUCGAAAAAAGCAAGUCUUGAUGAGCUACAGCACACAAAUUCGUUCUCGGUCUGGAACUUUGACGGAGAAGAUGUGUACAAGAACAUUGUUGAUGCCACAGAAAAUUUCAGCGACACAUACUGCAUUGGAAUUGGAGGUAAUGGGUCUGUCUAUAAAGCUCAAUUACCAACUGGUGAGAUGUUUGCAGUCAAGAAGAUCCAUGUGAUGGAAGAUGAUGAGCUAUUUAAUCGUGAAAUACAUGCGUUGGUGCAUAUUCGACAUCGCAACAUCACGAAGUUAUUUGGUUUUUGUUCUUCUGCUCAUGGAAGAUUUCUUGUGUAUGAAUACAUGGAUAGAGGAAGCUUAGCAACAAAUUUGAAGAGCCACGAAACUGCAGUUGAAUUGGACUGGAUGAGGAGGUUAAAUAUUGUUAUGGAUGUUGCUCAUGCUUUGUCCUAUAUGCAUCAUGAUUGCUUUGCGCCGAUAGUCCAUAGAGAUAUCACAAGCAACAACAUUUUGCUCGAUCUAGAAUUCAAAGCCUGCAUCUCAGAUUUUGGUAUUGCCAAAAUACUAGAUAUGAAUUCAUCAAACUGCACAAGUCUUGCCGGUACAAAAGGAUACCUUGCCCCAGAGCUUGCAUACACAACAAGGGUGACGGAGAAGUGUGACGUAUAUAGCUUUGGAGUGCUGGUGCUCGAGUUGUUCAUGGGACAUCAUCCCGGUGAAUUUCUUUCGUCCCUCUCAUCCACAGCUAGGAAAAGUGUUUUACUCAAGCAUAUGUUGGACACCAGGCUACCAAUCCCUGAAGCUGCGGUUCCAAGACAAAUCUUUGAAGUUAUCAUGGUCGCUGUCCGGUGCAUAGAGGCUAACCCGUUACUCCGUCCGGCGAUGCAAGAUGCAAUUAAGGUGCUCUCCAUGAAUGGAGGACCUAGUGAUCUCGAUUAUCUGCACACUGAAAUCGUCAUCCCUGCCUGCUGGUUGUGAAGUUCCUUAGCAAAUUGAUGUUUCUUGCGUUGACUACAGAGUAUCUGUAACCACUCGCUUGCAUGAAUAUUUGUGUAGCGCAGUUCAUGCUAUUUGGUUAAAAUAAAUAUCCAUAUUUUGUAUCCUCUGUUAUAGGAGAUGGAGCCCGAUCAAGUGGUGCUUUUCAUGUAUGGGUAAAUAAAGUUGGCAUGGAUAUCAUCUCAUUUUUGGGUCA